CUUUGGCUUCUGGAUUUUGAUCCGUUCAAAGUCCUUUAGAUUUAAAGAUAUCUGUGAAAGCGUGCAGAAAUUGUAGAUCGUCCCGGCGGAUCUCUCUAUAAAGAUCGAGAUGCCAGUUCUUGUUGUCGUCGGCUAUGUAAUUUCGUUCUAGGGGGUUUAUCUUUGAGAUCUGGGCUUAAAUUGACCUUUUGUGUCCAUAAUAUUCCCGGAGAUUACUUCGCUGUUGUUGAUCGGAUAGAUAUAUAGGUAGAUAGAUAGAUAGAGAAAAGGUAACCCAAUUUUUCAAUGUUAUGCUCGUCUCCCAAUGAUGAACUUGUCACCUCUUGCGCUAGCGCAUUGUCUUGUGCUUCAAUUUCAAUAAAAGAUGAGCCGACCACAUGAUGGACAGCGGAUCUUUUUCCACUUUGGAAAUCCUUUCCGGGUUACUGCUCACAAGGGUUCAUCAAGGCUUCUUGCCUUACUGAGUUCUUUUGAGCAAAACCUUGCAGAAAACAUGAGAAAACUUCGGCCUAAGGAAAUCUCAGAUGUGUUUUCUUUGUCUUGGACAAGACACGCUAUUAAAUCCAUAUCAGAGGUCCACACUAACAUUAAGACAUUAAUAAUGGAACUUCAAUUCCCUGUUUCUGAUUGGGAUGAGAAUUGGAUUGAUAUGUACUUGGACAGCAGCGUGAAGGUGCUUGACAUUUGCAAUGCAUUGAGCGCUGAGCUUACCCGACUUGAUCAAAGCAAUCUUUUGCUUCGAUAUGUGCUGCAUAUCUUGGACAUCUCGACUAGUGUUCCUUCAUCUGAACAAUUGAGGAGAGCCCAUGUAUCACUUGAUGAUUGGCUAAAACAGACAAACUCUACAAGUCACAAGCUAGAAAGUUGUCAUGCCAUCUUGCAGACUCUUCAAGCCACUCUUUGUUUGUCAAAGGUCAAAAAUUCUGCCAAAGGGAGGGUGCUAAUGAGAGCCCUCUAUGGAGUCGAGGUCAUGACCAUAUUCACCUGCAGUGUCGUUGCAGCACUACUGACGGGUUGCUCAAAGCCCUUGAUGGACAUGCAUGUAGCUGAUGGGUUCUUAUGGCUAGAAGCGUUUAACGAUUUGCAAUCUUUGUUGAAUCAGGAAAUUAGGAGUCAGUUGCAGAGUGGAAAAGUUAGGAUAUUGAAAGAGAUGGAAGCACUCAAAAUGAAUGCACUGAUGUUCCAUUCUUUAACAAAUGGAAUUGACUACAAGGAAGAACCGAGACAGCCGAGCAUUGACCUUGACAAAGACAAGUUGAACACACCAAGAGAGUCCUAUAAAGAAGAACCAGCACAGCUAAGCAUUGACCUUAACAAGGAUGAAAUGGACACACCAAGAAACGAUGCUGACUCCCAAGGUAGGCAAAGGUUGCAAGAAUGCAUGAGAGCUUUGACAGAUGGAGGGAAGGUAUUUGGCCAUGAGCUAGAUUCCCUCUCACAACAAGUCAAUGACUUAUUUCAGGUUUUACUAACUGGACGUGAUGCUUUACUUUGUAAUCUCAGAAAAUAUAGCAUGACAAAAAACAGCAAACUUGAUGUGGUGAGGCUGUAACCUGGAUUACUCUAUGAAUUCCAAUGUCAUGAUUGUGUUUCCCAGUGUAUAAAAAUGUGACUGGAUAAUAUUAUGUGCA